AUGGCGUGGGGGGAGACCAGGGACGGCCAGGGCGAAGGCCGCCCUGGCCGGAGAUGGCACCUCUUCGCCCUCCCCGUCCGACUCAGGUCGAUUAUUUCCCCCCUCCUCCUCCUCCAUGGCCCUCCCGCCCCAAGCGUAGGCGUCGCCCUCACAGGCCUCUCCGCGCCCACCUCCACGCCCCUCGCGCGCGACUCAUCGUCGUCGCCCGUGUCUUCCUCCUUGUCUGCGCAGGGAAGCGCGCCCUAUCUCUCGAAGGCCCCUCGGUGCCUGCAGAUCCCCCACAGCGCCCUUCAGGAAACAGGCUCCAUGGAGUACCAGCGCAAGCGCACUGACGUCCAUGCAUCCAUCCCAGCAGAGAUCUUUAACCCGUACGCCAUGCCUCGGGCGGCGUACGCGCCCUGGGGCGGACUCGUAGAUGGCCGUUAUCCAUCGUUUGCGUCGUCCACGAGCUCCUUGCGCCCGACGCGCGACGAGAAGCGGCUGCCGGAGACGCCCGCCCGACGAUCCGACGCAGUCCGCGCAGACCCUCGCUCUUCGCAGCAACCCGCUCCACGUCCUUCUCGUCAUGCCGCCCCUCUCGUGCUCGUCGCCGUUGGGAACGCGAUCCACGCCGAAAGCGACAGACGCACGAAGGUUCGCUUAUCACCGGCGGCGGCGGACGUGGACGAGGAUAUACCGCCUCCUGUCCCUCCCAAGUCUCCAUUGAGGUUCAACCGUGCAGAGUCUGUCUCGUCACAGAUGCCUACCGAUAUCUCACCGGCGGCACGCACCUUCUCCCACUCUCAGUCCGACGUCGGCCACUCGUAUCGCACUACCGUCAAUGGCACCGCGACUUCGCCGGAGGGCGCGCCGGGCGCCCGGGCGAUAUUAACUUCCCCCCAUGUGUCCACACCUGCCGGCCAUGACAGCUUGUCCUCACCGAAGGCCCCACACGCUCGCACUUCCAUGGAGCCUGCUACGCGUAAAGCCUCUUCAAUCCGCGUUCGCAGGAACAAGCUGCACAAAACCCGUCAGCACUCCUUGCCGCCGUCGUCUUUCCGCCAGUCGCUCUUUGGCUCUCUGUUCGCGCGUGCCUUUGGAUCCCACGACGCUGCCUGUCUCUCCAGUAGGUCGAGCAGCUCGCCCAGCAUGAGCGACAGGCCUUACAGGGCCACUCGCAGCGUGAGCGACAGCGGACAUUCGGUCACGAACCGGCCCCUACCCAGCUCGAGGAGCAGCGACACGACGGACAGUAGCUGUACGACGGAUAGCUCGGGAAGCACCGCGUUCUCGUACGCCUCAACAGCCUUGACCACUCCUGAUGCCUCCCCGCCCUCUCUGUCCCCGCGCAACAGCACGAAGGGCGUCCGCGCGAACAAGCUUCACAAGCGGCGGCCGCCACGGGCGCCGUCGGGCGUGUACCAGUAUCCACUCGGGGGGCAUGCGGCAGCUCUAGGCAGGUCGCAAUCGACUCCAGACGAUCUAGGCCAGCGCCCGCCGACUAGGAGGAAUUGGUCAAGUGUCGAAGAAGCGCGAUACACUGCUGAAGAGGCCGACUCGUUGGAGUACGGUCCGGACCCGGCCUCAUGGUAUACUUCCUUGACGGACCUCUCGUCGCCUUCACGCGAUUCGCGGCGGGCGUCGACGUUGGACCCGAUCUUCGAAGUCCGGAGCAAACGCUCUUCGCAUGCGCUCGCGCAGCUGGCCUGCACUGGCUUGUGCUCGACCUCCGUUGCCGCCCUGUCUUCUCAGCUUGCUCUGCAGGAUGACCUGUCCGAUCGCCUUUCCAGCCUCAACGUACGUGAGUGGGACGAUCCCAUCAACGCAGACCCAUUCAAUCCGUACGUGGAAUGCGCAUCGCCGACGGAGUAUGUGAUUGGUGGCCCUCCUUCACCAUCCGCGGAGUCUUCGACUUCUAGCCCCAGCCCUCUCCAGCGCGUUGCGCGAGGCAAGGCCGAAGGCACUGGGUUCUCUGUGGUCAGCGGAUCCCUCGACAGAAGCGAAGACGCGAUGCGGCGCUGGACACUUGCGAUGGCCGAUGUCCCAGACGAAGUCCUCGUGCACCAUCUCGAACGUCUGCGGAAGGAGAGCCAGGCGCUGGCGCGUGGUCGCCUGCCCGGCCGUCGCAGUGCUGCGCCCAGCCAGGUUGGCCACGGAGACGAGAACUCCACUCUGGACACCAGCGACCGCCGGUCGUCGUUUUUCUUCGGAGGGCCGCGCGAGAUGGGCAUCUCAACGCGUUCUCCGUCGCGCGCACGCUUCAGUGUCGGCAACUUCGACCGCGAGCUUGACGGUGACAUCUCGGACGACGACGCGCUUUCGGACGGAGACAACGAGGAGGACUGGAACACGGCGCGCCAGAUGCUCUUUCGCUGCCGCGAGCUCGUGCAGACAGAGCGGAACUACCAGGCUCGCCUCCGCGAGCUGGCUUCCACGGACCUCUCCUCGCAUUACGCGUGGCUGGUCGUCCGCCACCUCCCUGCUCUCAUCAAAGUGUCUGAGACGCUGCUCGCGCACCUCUUCGACGACCCAAGUGCGUGGGGUGUCAGCACCGCCUUCAUUGGCUGUGAGGAGGAGCUGGAGACCGCCCUGGUCGCGUGGUCGGCCGUCGUCGGCGAGUUCUUCGCAGAGGACGCCAACCUCAGGCCGACACGCAAGUUGACGAAGAAGUUCGCGGACGACAGCUCGAACCACGGGCACGACUCUCCCGCGCCGAGCCUGCGGCUCGCGAUGCGCACGCGCAGCCAGAAUGGCACAUCGACGCCCAUCAAGCGCGACUCUAUGGCUGGCCGCCGGUUCUCCACCACAAUGUCCGACGUCGGCCAUGGCGGCGGCGAGACAAGCUCGAGCAUUGGGCACGGCAGCGGGAUGUUUACCGCUGCGCUGGGCACUGGACUCGCGUUCGGCCUCUCCGUCCCGCAGAUGCCGCCGCCCUUCGAGCCCGACUAUUCCCCGGUUAGACCCGCGCACGCUCGCAGCGCGCACGGACACGGGCAGAAGGCUAAUGCUUCGGCCCUCGGGCUGAGCCGCGCGAUGACGGCAAUGACCGCGGUGGGCGCGUGGAAGCGCAAGAGCAUGCCGUCGUCGCUCAGCAACUUGCCGGGCCUGGUGAACCCGCCGGCGUCCCCGGUCUCCCCACACACGCCGACGCAUGGAUACGGCAGCCACGCGCACACGCACCACGGCCACUCGUCGAGCGCGAGUGCCCACGGACACGGGAAAAAGCACUCGGAGCAGGACGCGAAGAUGCAUGUGCGCGAGCUGGCGAUCCAGCCGACGCAGAGGGUCAUGCGCUAUGUGCUGCAGUACCGAGACCUGCUUGAUCACACCCCGACGACGAGCCCCUCGCGUGCUCUGGUCGAGCGCGCAUACGAGAUUGCGCUUCGCAUCGCGAAGAGGUGCGACCGGGCGCAGGCCCACGCCGCGUUCCUUCGCCAGCAGCACCAAAAGUAACUCGUUCACGCUUCCCUUCACGACGAUGUAACGAUCACGACCCCGCACGACUGCAUUGACUCUCCAUUCUGCAACGCCCCCACCCCACCACCACACACCCCCACCCCUGCAGCAUUCGCAUCAUCAUCCCCAUCUCGGUCCCCUUCCCCGCCCCCAUUCCAUUCCCC